AUGAUCCCUCUGAUAAGCCACCUUGCCGAGGCUGCUCCUCCUACCUCAUGGAGCCUUAUAUCAAGUGUGCAGAAUGUGGGCCACCUCCUUUUCUCCUCUGCUUACAGUCAAUCUUCCAGUACCCAUUUUACCAGUGAAAAGUUGGGGAACAGAGCAAGUGGAUGAGAUAGACUGUUGAAUACCGGCAUACCUUGGAAAUAUUGUGGGUUCAUUUCUAGACCACUGCGAUAAAGCAGGUAUUGCAAUAAAUGUUUCACUCGAGGAUUUGAGUACAAGAAACAUCAAAGUGAUCAUACUUAUGAAAUAAUGACCUCAGAUUUUCCUGUUCUUGACCCCAGCUGGACUGCUCAAGAAGAAAUGGCCCUUUUAGAAGCUGUGAUGGACUGUGGCUUUGGAAACUGGCAAGAUGUAGCCAAUCAGAUGUGUACAAAGACCAAGGAGGAGUGCGAGAAGCACUAUAUGAAGCAUUUCAUCAAUAACCCUCUGUUUGCAUCUACCCUGCUGAACCUGAAACAAGCAGAGGAGGCAAAAACUGCUGACACAGCCAUUCCAUUUCACUCUACAGAUGACCCUCCCCGACCUACCUUUGACUCUUUGCUUUCUCGGGACAUGGCAGGAUACAUGCCAGCUCGAGCAGAUUUCAUUGAGGAGUUUGAUAAUUACGCAGAGUGGGACUUGAGAGACAUCGAUUUUGUUGAAGAUGAUUCGGACAUCUUACAUGCUCUGAAGAUGGCUGUAGUAGAUAUCUACCAUUCCAGGUUAAAGGAGAGACAAAGGCGGAAAAAAAUUAUAAGAGACCAUGGAUUAAUCAACCUGAGAAAGUUUCAGUUAAUGGAACGGCGGUAUCCCAAGGAGGUCCAAGACCUGUAUGAAACAAUGAGGCGAUUUGCAAGGAUUGUGGGGCCAGUGGAGCACGACAAGUUCAUUGAAAGCCAUGCAUUGGAAUUUGAACUCCGAAGGGAAAUCAAGAGGCUCCAGGAAUACAGGAUAGCAGGCAUUACCAAUUUCUGUAGUGCCAGAACCUAUGAUCACCUCAAGAAGACGCGGGAGGAGGAGCGCCUGAAGCGCACCAUGCUUUCUGAAGUGCUCCAGUACAUCCAGGACAGCAGUGCUUGCCAGCAGUGGCUCCGCCGACAAGCUGACAUUGAUUCUGGCCUGAGUCCUUCUGUUCCAAUGGCUUCGAAUUCAGGUAGACGAAGUGCACCACCCUUGAACCUCACUGGCCUCCCUGGCACAGAGAAGCUAAAUGAAAAAGAAAAGGAGCUCUGUCAGAUGGUGAGGUUGGUCCCAGGAGCCUAUUUAGAAUACAAAUCUGCUCUGUUGAACGAAUGUAACAAGCAAGGAGGCUUGCGACUGGCACAGGCAAGGGCCCUCAUCAAGAUAGACGUGAACAAAACCCGGAAAAUCUAUGAUUUCCUCAUUCGAGAAGGAUACAUCACUAAAGCCUGAGGCUCGAAACGCGUGGGGUCUGAAAUCACAAGUUUGGAAUGUGGUGGGCCCGUGGACAGUAUGGGCAUUCUGGAGAGUUUCGUUUUUGAGCUGAAUUCUCAUUGUAAAAAGAAGGGAAGGACAAAGGAAACCUUAAGUUGUAUUAAUGUCGACUUUAUUCUCCACCCUGCUUUAAAACACUCCUGUUUUUGGUAUUGUGCUGCAGAGUUAUGUGCUAGAUAAGCUAUUAUUAAAUGUGAGUGGGCAUUCAUUCCUAGCACCUUGUAACUAAAACAAGAACCAUAGUACCUCACAUCACAGUGUCGGUAGAAAUAGAACCAGUCUUUAGGCCCAGGAGUCCAGCUCAGAUCCUUGUACUUGACAGGUUAGCUGUUCUAAUGAUCUGUUUUGCCUUCAAACAUUACAGACAGAUUUAAAAUACGGAGGAAGGUAAUAGAGCAUGAGAAAGCUUUCUAUUUCCUUCUGAGGAUUUUUCAAGCUGACAAUUUAUAUGUAGGAGCAAAGGGGAGGAAAAUCUCCUCGAGAUGGUCUUGUCCCAAACUGCAUCUUUAACUUUAAUGUCUGGCUUUGUACUUUGCAGUCUGUCUAAUCUGCAGUAGACUCUUGAGGAGGUAGCACCGGAUAUACAAUGUCUCUGUUAUUUUUAGAAUUAAUGGAUUAAAAUGUUUUGCUACUUAAUUUGUGGGUGUGUCAAAUAUUCUGGUAACUAAAGCACAUUUAGGGUGUUGGAUGCUCGCCUCAUCACGCUGCACUGUCUGCUAACAUGUGUGUCCUGAACUCACCCUGUUCUUACCCUGGGUUGCCCAGGAUACCAGGCCCCUGAGGAUGGAGAUGAUGCAACUAACCUCAGCUUUGCUUGGAUUGAGACCUGAACCCUAAUUUCUUAAUGGUGAAAAGCUAACCUGCAAUAAAAGCUCCUUUUAAAACAAAUGUAAAGCAUUUUCAUAUAUGGGACUCAGUAGAUAUGAGUGUGAGUAACCCCACCACAUCUGAAACUUGGUCCUCAAACCUUUCUGCAGAAUAAGAAGCCACAUUCACAGUCAAGGUUAUCCCAUUUCUAUUAGAAGGAAAGUUGUAUAUAUAAUAGAAAUAACUUCAGAAUCUGCACAAAUUACCUCCAGUAGCUGACUGAUUCUUUAAUUCUUUCAACAUUCAAAAUAUCUAAUUAAGAUAGCAUAUGCUUUGUUGAAAGUAUCUCCUCAAACUUUUUGACUGAUGUAAAGAUGCAUGCAGCUUGCUAAUAGACUUCAUCUAGGGGUUAUAAAUGAAAAUGAAACUCUUAGAAUCUGAAGGAAUUAGAAUAAAGGAUUUCAAUCUUUAAAAAGGAUGGCUUGUGGAAAUGGUCUCUUUUCUUUGCAUAGUCAUCCAUCGCUCUUAGAAAAACGUAUUCUUCCACCACUAUCACCCUUAGUUGGUCACAGAGGGAUUGCCUCUUAUCUCUGAAAGGUAAUUCUGGGUCUCAAACUUUGGGAUGCAUUAGCAUCAAUGUCGGGUGGUCUGUUGUAGUCUGAAGAGUCCUUAAUCUUGAAGGCUUCAUGGGAGAGGCGAGCUUUUGAGGCAAUGAUAAGAUUGAGAGGAAAGAGAUAAUUUGGCAGAUGGAAGUGAGAGACUGUUCCAGACAUAGUGGGUCUGGAGGGUGCUAUGGAGGCAGCAGGAGGAGUAAGGAAAAUGGAGCCAAGAGAUACACGAAUAGUUGGCUAGGACACGGGGGCAGCUGUGGUAGUUAGGAGUGGGAGGAUGGGAGGACAGUCUGAUAGAAACCUUGGAACCAGUGGAACUCUGAAAAACUGGUGGGGGAAUCAGUAGAUUUGAUAAGGAAAAGGGCAUGGUUGAAAAUAGUUACAGAAAACCAAGGCUGCCAUUUCAAAUGACUGGAUUUUAUAAGGUAGGAUUAUCACUGUUUUGGUAAACCAAAUUUUGCAAAAUUUAAGACCUAGAAUCUCAAAAUUUAAGACCUUAAAUUUUCUCCACGAUCACGCCAUGUUUGGGGUGAGGAGUACUGAAAGGAGUCACUGAGUCGCUCUCUUUGCACUUAUAAUAGAAAAGCACUUGCUGGUAUUUGAUCUGGCUUAAGUACGUUAUUGUCUUCCAUGUUCUUAGCACCAAAGGAAGGCCCUUCUUGUUACUAAAAAUCCAGAACUAGCAAGAGCCUUUCAAGAGAAUACUCCAUCCUUCCCUUUGCUGCAAGAUAAGGUUGACCAUGUAUCAGCUAUACUAACAGGUUUCUCUUAAUCCUGAUCAUUUUAGAAGUGGAAGAGUUUAUUCUGAAAAUAACAUGAACAGAAACCCUUUAUUGUUAAUUUUUAUAAUAAUUUAACAUCAAAGCUUUCUGCUGGAAUUUUUUGCAUAUCCUUCUGUGCCAGAGGUAGGAGGUAGAGAACAGAUCUUUCCCUGUAAUGACUCUUUCCUCUGCUCAAAGACCUAAACUGUCUCUCUUGAGACCAACUAACUGUUCAUGGUUUAUCUCUUCUUGGAUUCCAGUUUUCAUCCUUUUACUGUUUUCAUCCUUUUCCUUUUACACCCCACCCCCAUUUUAAGUCUGAAUUCAGUACUUAAUUAACCAGCCCUUGCUGAGAGAUAAGAACAAAUUUCCCAGUUUUUAGUCAUGAAAUCAGCUUGUAGUGGCUGGAAGGAGAAGACCAAUGACAUCAAUAACAACAAAAUUCCACUUGGUAAGUCAUUUUAGCUUU